AUGGAAAACAUCAACCACCACCGCCACUUCCUCUUCCUACAUUUUCUCCUCCUUUCCGCCGUCCUCGCUGCCGCAGACGAAGGCGGUGCUAUUCUGAAACUUGCUUCGGCCUUCCGUCCACCUCCCACCGGGUGGUCUUCCACCUCUUCCGACAACUACUGCAGCUGGCCGGGCAUCAAUUGCGACAAAUCCAGCCGCGUAACAGCCAUUAACUUAGCUUCCAAAUCCCUGUCCGGUUCACUUCCUCCAGAGAUGGCUACCUUAUCGGAACUUCGCACCGUGUCUCUUCAACACAACUCCUUAUCUGGGUCCGUCCCAUCUUUCGCCAAUCUCUCGAACUUGCAAACGAUUUUCCUCGACGACAAUGCGUUCACAUCGGUGUCCUCCGACGCUUUCUCCGGUUUAACCAGUCUUCAGACGCUGAGUUUAAGUGAAAACACGAAGCUGAGUGCAUGGACUUUCCCAGAUUUGUCCCAAUCGACGAGCCUCGUCCAAGUUCAACUCGACAACACCAAUUUGUACGGCGCCUUACCCGAUGUUUUCGAAUCUUUGAACAGUUUAGAGAGUAUAAGGCUGUCUUACAACAACUUGAGCGGCACAUUGCCGGCUUCUCUCGGCGGCUCGAUGAUUAAGAAUCUCUGGAUCAACAAUCAGAUCGGUGGGUUCACAGGUACUUUAGAUGUUUUAUCCAGCAUGACACAGUUGUCUCAGGUCUGGGUUCACAAGAACAUGUUCACCGGUCAGAUCCCAGAUUUGUCUAAAUGUGUGGGUCUUUUCGAUCUUCAGCUUAGAGAAAACCAGUUGACUGGGCCUGUCCCGGGAUCUUUGAUUAAUCUUCCCGGUUUGAAGAAUGUUUCAUUGUCUAAUAACAAAUUGCAAGGUCCUUUUCCAAAGUUUCCUAGCUCAGUUGAGAGCGUUGCCGUUAAUGGGACCAAUAAUUUCUGUAAUGAUAAUGGGAAUCCUUGUGAUCCUCAAGUUACCACAUUGAUCGAGAUUGCUGGUGGUUUUGGGUACCCUGUUUUCCUUUCUGAUGAUUGGGAUGGCAAUGAUGCUUGCCAAAUGGUUUUCGUUACUUGUGAUUCGAAAAAAGCUGUGAUUACCGUCAAUCUCGCGAAGAAAAAUCUGGUCGGGACGAUUUCUCCGGCGUUUGCGAAUCUAACAAUGUUGAAGAACUUGAAUCUGAAUGAUAAUAAUUUAACAGGUCCCAUCCCUUAUGGUCUUACCAAGCUGAGUAGUUUGCAGCUUCUCGAUGUGUCUAAUAACAAUCUUACCGGAGACAUGCCGAAAUUUUCGGAUAAGGUGACAUUUACUUACUCGGGGAAUAGUUUACUAGGAAAACCGACGGAUUCUGGUGACAGAGGAACUCCAGGUUCUGGAGGAUUGAAAGGAGGUUCGGAUGGUAACUUGAAAAAUGGUGCCAAUGGUAAGAAUUCCGUACCUUUGAUUGUCGGUGUUGUCAUUGGUGUAUUGGUUUUCGUUGCUGUUGUUUGCUUUGUUUCUUACAAGUAUGUGAUGAACAAGAAGUAUGAGAAAUUCGGUAAGAUGGAUGGCAAUGCCAGUGAUGCCGAGAAGGGCGUAGUAAUGAAUGGGGUGAUCGGUAAAGCAACGAGUGGCUACGGAGGAUUGCCUGGUGAAAUGCAAAGCCAGAGUAGCAGUGAUCAUAGUGAUCGUCAUUUCUUCGAGGGUGGAAACGUUAGUACCUCGAUACAAGUCCUGAGAGAGGUGACUGAUAAUUUCAAUGAGGCUAAUGUAUUAGGACGAGGGGGUUUCGGGGUUGUGUAUAAAGGUGAAAUGCCCGACGGCAUGCAGAUUGCUGUCAAGAGAAUGGAGUGUGCGGCGAAAGGUACUAAAGGAAUGAAUGAGUUUCAAGCCGAAAUCGCAGUGCUUACAAAGGUUAGGCACAGGCAUUUGGUUGCACUUUUGGGUUACUGUGUUAACGGCAACGAGAGGCUCUUGGUUUACGAGUAUAUGCCUCAAGGUACCCUCAGUCAGCAUCUCUUUGAAUGGCGAGAAAAGGGCUUUUCUCCGCUCACCUGGAAGCAAAGGGUCACCAUUGCUCUGGAUGUCGCAAGAGGGGUUGAGUAUUUGCACUCUUUGGCACAACAAAGUUUCAUUCACCGAGAUUUGAAGCCUUCGAACAUACUUCUCGGCAAUGACAUGAGAGCAAAGGUUGCGGAUUUCGGCCUUGUUAAGAAUGCACCCGAGGGUAAGCACUCCUUGGAGACAAAACUGGCAGGAACAUUUGGAUAUCUUGCUCCUGAAUAUGCUGCAACUGGUAGGGUGACGACGAAGGUGGAUGUGUUUGCAUUUGGAGUGGUGUUGAUGGAGAUAAUCACCGGCCGACAAGCUCUAGACGUAACGUUACCUGACGAGAAAUCACAUUUGGUGACAUGGUUCCGCAGGGUUCUAAUCAACAAAGACAACAUUCUCAAAGUAGUCGAUGAAACAAUCAACUGCGACGAUGAAGAGACGAUGGCGAUGAUCUUCAAGGUAGCCGAGUUGGCCGGUCACUGCACGGCUCGUGAGCCGUAUCAGAGACCCGAGAUGGGGCAUGCUGUCAACGUGCUUUGUCCUCUCGUCGAGCAGUGGAAACCCACAACCCAAGAGGAUGAUGGAAACUCUGGUGUUGACCUUCACAUGAGCCUCCCUCAGUUCCUACAGAAAUGGCAAGCAGAUGAAGGUACUUCGACGAUGUUUGGUGAUUUUUCUUACUCCGAAACCCAGUCGAGCAUUCCCGCGAAGCCCUCGGGAUUCUCGGCUACAUUUAGCUUGUCUGAUGGCCGGUGAUGGAAAUGCAAUACCGGACAUGAUUUCGGAAAGGUAUGGGCA